AUGUCUAAGAAAUGGCUCAACCCGCCUCUCUCCUUACAGCUAAGGAGAGAGACCACUAACCACCCCAACGAGGACGAAGGCCUGCCGCAGUCAAUACAAUCCGACACUCAUGACACCACUACUUUAUCAUCAAUUGGCCGACGAGAGUCUUCCACAAGUGUGGCCCAAUAUGCAUUCGUCGCCCCAUCGGGGAACUACCUCGACCUUCCCUCUGCAGUUCCAUUUCAAGAUUCCUUUACACCAGCAUUACCUUCAGCGGAAUUUCCCAGUUCAGCUCGUGGUUUCGUGACCCCUCCAGUCACUUCUUCCACCGCAGAUUUUCCUGGAGCAACACACUCAGGACAUACAAGUAUUGUUGCAGCCUACCAGCACUCUCAUCUAUCAUAUAACAAUACAGGCAAUGCUAUAUCUGAUGGUCGCGAUAGUUUUGGAGAAGAACAACAUCAGCGGGCAUCCAAUCCUGCCAUUCAUGGCGACCGGACGACUUCCCCCGCUUCUUCCGACCCAAUGACGAUUCCUCCUCAAACAAACAAUACAGAGACUACCUCGGGCGCAACUGCCUUAAAUCGCGCUGAUUCAUCGGUAUCGUACAACUCUGUAUGGACUAUUCGUGGCGAGGAUGGUUCCAUACCACGUCUUGCCUUGGAUAUCACUCAAUUUCCCCGACCACCGGCCCAAGCCAAGGCGUCCGACCACGCGUCCACAACGGAUACCAUUCCCUCCCGCGAAACGAGUUUAGAUGAUCCUUACGAUUUAUCUUCAUCCGGUCGGACAAUGGCUUUCCCCGGUCAUCCCCUUGUAUUGAAGCCGGGAGUGCUGAGAAGCAUGGCGAGAUCGUUUAAUGCGCCGGCCUCUCCACUUUUCGAAGAAAGUGAACCUUCUAGCAGUCGUCCACUAACUCCAAUUGCCGUCGGGGGAGUUUCGUAUAAAUAUCCAAUUGCAAUCGGGGACGAUCCUCCGCAACGACUGGCCGGAAGCUCACCUUUAGUGCAGGAGGCGUUUAACUCUAUCUCACUUCCUCUCUCUCAAGGCCAAUCCCAAGCACGAGAGAACCCCGAAGAAUAUCAUGCUCCUGUUCAAUAUCUCGCUCCACCUGUACCGGCCUCCCCUGCUGCUGCAUCAGCCCGUGACUCUUCCCAAUCAAUGGUAUCCCAGUUGACAGUCGCUUCACGAGGCUCGACUACAUCACCUCAUCUGAGCUUUGUUGGUGACCGUCCAGCGCGUGCGUCAAACCUUCCAACACCAAACGAAUCAGCUCCGGGGCAGUGGGAUCAAGUCUUGAGCUCGGUCAAAGCACAUUGGACCUCCUCCGACUCCGUCGUCGCUGACCCAAACCGUCAAAUCUCAUCUGCCGGAGCUGGAAACAGCCGGUCGCGGUUCGUGUCAAGUGUCGCGACUAGCGCUGCAGUGGCUGGCAGUAUAUCCAACAACGAUAAUGAGGAGGGUGAUAAUACUGGUGAGACGGUGACGGUACCGGCCACCCUCAAUCCAGGCGCGCCCAGCACAGCAUUAAGUCCGCUGAGCGGUGAGAGCAACUCGGACGUCUACUCUGCUAUUGGACGGAUGAGCUUUCCUAAGCCUCCUUUUGGUGUGGAAUCAAACGCCUCUUCUUCUCCAAGUAGCAUAUCACCACUAAAUGAAGCCGCCGCACCUAUCACAGCCCUUUCUGGUGGUACUCAAAGCCCUAACCGAACACCCCGUUCAACUUGGGUGACCGGUUUAACCUUGAGGACGCGAAGUAGUCGUGGGUCUCUCAAGCGACGAGCAACGGAGGACAGUCCACUCACAAGUCCCAAGACACCGAUUGUACCACCUCUCCCUGCGGCGGUAGUGGUUGAACCCGUCACCAAUGCCGGGUCUUCGCAAGGUCAUGCCACUGAGGAGUCGGUGGCGGAAUCUAAGGCGCAAGAGUUGACAGUUCCAAGGAUUGCUGAUUCCUUGCCCGUCGAAAAUAGUGGAAGCUCC